AUGGAGUCUUUGAAUGCCGUAGAGCUCUGUGAAUUGGGGGAUGGCGACAAGCCCGCUGCCCGCGAGGUCACUACAACUCCGUGGAAAGUUACCCAGUCAAGACCUCGGACAGUAGCUAGCACUGGAAUCGAGAACACGUCAUAUCAGGACGAGGAGCACGAGACGAGGUUCAGUCCCCAGGGAGCAGACAGCUCGAGUGUUCAUCGGUCCACGUCUAAUGACAGGGGCUAUCAGUCACAACCCCGGCCUUUCCAGCGAGAUGAGCUGUCACACCGCUCUGAGGCGGGACAUGAGACUGACUUUAAAAACCAUUCACUCGACUACGGGUUCCUAUUUGCCAUGGUGUUCUUGGUGAGUGGAAUUGUACUGGUGGUCAUUGCCUACACCAUUCCCCGAGAGGCUAAGGUCAAUCCAGACCUGGUGUCAGCCCGUCAGAUGGAGAAACUGGAGAUGUACUACACACAACUGGGCUCGCACCUCGACAAGUGUAUCAUAGCAGGCCUGGGACUGUUAACUCUAGGGGGAAUGCUCUUGUCCAUCUUGCUAAUGGUGUCCAUAUGCAAAGGUGAGCUGUACCACCGGAGGACGUUUUUCCAACCCAGGAAAACAUACGGGUCGAUUCACCUCCGGAUGAGACAGUUGGGCGAGGGGGAAGAAUCUCUGUUUGAAUGUGAAUUUAGCCACACUGGCACCACAGCUCUAGCCACUAGGCCUACAGAUGGAACACAGGUGCACAGUGGCAUCCAACAGGAGUAG